AACCUCACCGGCGGCUCUAUCUGCCCCACCGGGGGCUUCAACAUCAUGGCUGAGCUGCCCGCCAACAUCAACGACAACGGUGGCGAGCCUCUCCCGAUGCCCAACACCUCGGCGCCCGUGUACACUACGCUGUCCGUCGGCAUGCAGAACUACACCUGCGGCUGUGACGGCCAGUGGGCGUACGCUCAGGGUGGCUUAACCUACCUGUUCGACAUAUCGUGCCUGCCCCAGAUGCACCAUAAGCCGUUCACCUCCUUCAUCGCUGCCAUCUGGGACUCUGCGCCUCCAACGGUGACUAACCAGGACUUCGAGGCGCUCGUCGAGGGGAUCAACCCAGGUGUCGGGCUCGGCCUGCACUACUGGAUCCCGAACCCGAUCAACGCGUCGGCGGGCAUCAGCGCGGUGUGGGACUUCAGCAAGGCGGAGCGUUUCCAGAAUGACACGAACAAGGCGAACGCGUUCCUCGUCGCGGCCGAGACCGGCAACGUCCCGGACCCAAUCAACCCCGUGAUCAACUCGCCGUGGCUUUACGAGCCGGUGCUGGACGUCAAUGGCCAGCCCGACGGACAGCUCGCGACACAGGUGUACCGGUUCAACUCGAACGGAGGCCAAGCUCCGAACACUUCCUGCACGCCUGGUGCCCCUACUCUCCAGGUCAAGUCCACUUUGGACUUCUAUUUCUACGGUGGUGCUUGGGAGGAUACCAUCCAGCAGUGAUUAAAGCUCAUUCGUGAGCUGAGUUCAGGAGCGGAGCGACUCCUGUAGAUGCCGCUUGCACGGCGGUGUAUGCUUGGUUCCGAUUGGCUGUAAAAAGUUCAUAUAAAU